GGUUGCUUGACAACGCGCCCGCCAAUGACGGUGGUGUUUGUUUUGAAGCCAACUUUAAAAACAAUCUACCUUGCCAAUGUGGGCUAGUUUGGUAUUCAUGGUUAAGAACUAAGAACUACUUAGUUAGCUAACUAUAGCUAGAUAGAGACGGAUUUCACUUAUUUUUUUAGAUUGAACUAUUGUAGCCUUCUUGAAUUGGCAGGCAGGCUAAGCAAUGUAAUCCCUCACUCCACGUCGGACCCGAAAUCAAGUGAGUAGCCACACUAAAUUAACGCCGGCAUCCAGCAAUGACAUGUCCUAGCUAGUUAGCUACAAAAAUAUUUUGCAACGUUUCAUCAAAACCUAGCUAGCUACUAGUACUCAGCAGUUAACUAUAUAUACUGUAGUAGUUUUCUACCUCGCUAGCUAGGUAAACCAGCCAGGUCAACAACGUCAACGGAACAGAUUAGCGAACGUUAAUAGUAGUUUACAGAGUUGACUUUAGGCAAACGUUAAUCAAACUUUAGAUAACGCCAACUUAAUUUGCUAGCUAGUUAACGUUAUCUCGCUAAGUGUUUACAUGCGAGUGUGACUACGUUUUCAACUGAGCCUCCUGUGUAUUGAUCUCACUUGCAGCAUCUCAAUAAAAUGAUUAAAAUAUAUAGUUUGGUGUGUUGAUACUAACGUUAGGCUAUAACUGUAUACUCACACAAUGUCUGAUAUUGUCAACACUAAAAUGUUUGCUUCUUGUCAGUUGCCUGCUCUUAUUGGAUUCAAAUGUAUUUUGGGACGUAACGUCGGGAGUCUAUUGGCUGGACUCCCUAAUACAGACUCUCAAUGUUGUGUCCUAAAUCAUUGGUUGUGUCCCAAAGCUAAAUUCAGAUGGAGGCACAGUGAGUGGAUGUUGCUCUGUAACUCCCCUGUUUUGGUUAAAGCGUGACAUAGGGAAAACUUAAAUGGGAGUUAGUGUGAGUGCAGAUAAGAGACCUAUGCAGCCUGGUUAAAUGGAUAAGGACACCACAUAGCUACUGCCACUGUGGCUCGAUUUACCUUCUCCGUGCUAUCACAUGCAGCAGCGGUGUGUGGGUAAAAUCACUGAGGAAGCCAAGCCAGUAUAAAAGCGAUAUUACAACCUAUGUUGUGAUAAUUGUGUUUGCUCCCAUUUGAACAUACAUCACCGUGAUAAACAAUAAGGCAUGUAAAUAAGUCAGUGGUUGAAUAAAUUCAACAAAUAUGUUUGUUUUAUCACAAAACCGGCGAGCAACAUCUGUUCUGUGAAGUCCAAAGCAAAUAUUGUAUGUCACAAAUAGUUAUACAAUGAACAAAAAUAUAAACACAUGUAGUGUUGAUCCUCAUGAGCUGAAAUAAAAGAUCCCAGAAAUGUUGUAUAUGCAUAAAAAAAUUAUUUCUCAAAAUGUUUUGCUGAAAUUUGUUUACAACCCUGUUAGUGAGAAUUUCUACUUUGCCAAGAUAAUCCAUCCACCGGAGAGAUGUGGCAUGAUCAUUACACAGUUUCACCUUGUGCUGGGGACAAUUAAAGGCCACCCUAAAAUGUGCAGUUUUGUCAUACAACACAAUGCCACAGAAGUCUCAAGUUUUGAUGGAGUGUGCAAUUGGCCUGCUGACUGUAGGAAUGUCCACCAGAGCUGUUACCAGCUAAUUUAAUGUUCUCUACUAUAAGCUGCCUCAACAUCAUUUUAAGGAAUUUGGUACAGCCUCUGCUAUUGGGCUCCCGAGUGGCGCAGUGGUCUAAGGCACUGCAUCUCAGUGUACAUGGUUCGAAUCCAUGCAGUAUCACAUCCGGCCGUGAUUGGGAGUCCUUUAGGGCGGAGGACAAUUCGCCCGGCGUCGUCCAGGUUUGAAUGAAAUUGUACUAAAAAUAAUAAUAAUUUAGCACCAUUUCAACUUUAAACCUUUAAACAUGAUCAAAUCAACAAGGUUAUAUAUGCUUAGUUUAGUACACUGAAAACAAACUUUGAGACCAAAAACAAUUCAGUCCAUUGUUGCUAAAUAUCAUGUGGCUGUCCAUGGUACUGGUCUCUGUGUGUGUGCGUGCCUACUUGUAAACUAGUUGAACGCCAAUGCCAUCCUCUCAUGUUGGCAAGACGGUUUAUGGCUUUGUAAUACAGUACGAUUUUUGUAAUCAUAGGCUAGCUAAAAUGCUGGCUAGCCUAGGAUAUCAACACAAGUAGACCAGAAACUAAAAUUACGUUUUGCUGUGUAGAAUGUGAUUCAGCUUGUUGCACCAGGAAAGUCUUAGGAUCAUAUUAUAGUCAAAGGGAUCUGACCAAUGGAAGGAUCAUACUGAGGCCCACUUGAAUAAUGUAUCUGCAGUUGUCUAUUGUUAAAGCCUUUUUUUUCAAACUAUCUUAGCAUUUUGAAUUCCGUGACAUUGUUAAACCUUGCACACAUAACACAGGUGUGUGUGUGUGCCUAAAAGCCUCCCUCUGGCAUACAGUCACACACUAGCCCAGAGAUGGCCGCCUCGCAUCGCGCCGACAGAAACAAACAUCUCUCUGGUAAGAAGGGCGGGGGUGUAUGCCUUAUGAUUAACGAGACAUGGUGUGAUCAUAACAACAUACAGGAACUCAAGUCCUUUUGUUCACCUGACCUAGAAUUCCUCACAAUCAAAUGCCGACCGCAUUACCUACCAAGAGAAUUCUCUUCGAUUAUAAUCAGUCAUGUAUAUCCCCCCCAAGCAGACACAUCGACGGCCCUGAAAUAACUUAAUUUGACUAUAUGUAAACUGGAAACCACAUAUCCUGAGGCUGCAUUUAUUGUUGCUGGGGAUUUUAACAAGGCUUAUCUGAAAACGAGGCUCCCUAAAUUUUAUCAGCAUAUUGAAUGCGCAACCCCGGCUGGCAAAACCCUGGAUCAUUGUUAUUCUAACUUCCGCGACGCAUAUAAAGCCCUCCCCCCUUUUGGAAAAUCUGACCACGACUCCAUUUUGUUGCUCCCAGCCUAUAGACAAACUAAAACAGAAAGCGCUCGGGUCUGUUCAACGCUGGUCCGACCAAUCGGAUUCUACGCUUCAAAAUUGCUUCGAUCACGUGGACUGGGAUAUGUUCCGCAUAGCGUCGGACAAUAACAUUGAUGAAUACGCUAAUUCGGUGAGCGAGUUUAUUAGCAAGUGCAUCGGUGAUGUUGUACCCACAGCGUCUAUUAAAAUGUUCCCCAACCAGAAACCGUGGAUUGAUGGCAGCAUUCACAAAAAACUGAAAGCGUAAACCGCUGCUUUUAAUCAGGGCAAGGUGACUGGAAACAUGACCGAAUACAAACAGUGUAGCUAUUCCCUCCAAGGCAAUCAAACAAGCUAAGCGUCAGUAUAGAGACAAAGUAGAGUCGCAAUUCAACGGCUCAGACACGAGGUAUGUGGCAGGGUCUACAGUCAAUCACGGACUACAAAAGGAAAACCAGCCCCGUCGCAGACCACGAUAUUUCGCUCCCAGACAAACUAAACAACUUCUUUGCUCGCUUUGAGGACAAUACAGUGCCACUUACACGGCCCGCUACCAAAACCUGCGGGCUCUCCUUCACUGCAGCCAACGUAAGUAAAACACUUAAACGUGUUAACCCUCGCAAGGCUGCCGGCCCAGACGGCAUCCCCGGCCCAGACGGCAUCCCCAGCCGGGUCCUCAGAGCAUGCGCAGACCAGCUGGCUGGUGUGUUUACGGACAUAUUCAAUCAAUCCUUAUCCCAGUCUGCUGUUCCCACAUGCUUCAAGAGGGCCACCAUUGUUCCUGUUCCCAAGAAAGCGAAGGUAACUGAGCUAAAUUACUAUCGCCCCGUAGCACUCACUUCCGUCAUUAUGAAGUGCUUUUAGAGACUAGUCAAGGACCAUAUCACCUCCACCCUACCUGACACCCUAGACCUACUCCAAUUUGCUUACUGCCCUAAUAGGUCCACAGACGACACAAUCGCAAUCACACUGCCCUAACCCAUCUGGACAAGAGGAAUACCUAUGUAAGAAUGCUAUUCAUCGACUACCGCUCAGCAUUUAACACCAUAAUACCUUCCAAACUAAUUAUUAAGCUAAAGACCCUGGGUCUUGACCACGCCCAGUGCAACUGCGUCCUGGACUUCCUGAUGGGCCGCCCCCAGGUGGUGAGGGUAGGUAACAACAUCUCCACCCCACUGAUCCUCAACACUGGGGCCCCACAAGGGUGCAUUCUCAGCCCUCAUGUACUCCCUGUUCACCCAUGACUGCGUAUCCACGCACGCCUCCAACUCAAUCAUCAAGUUUGCAGAAGACACUACAGUGGUAGGCUUGAUUACCAACAAUGAUGAGAUGGCCUACAGGGAGGAGGUGAGGGACCUCGGAGUGUGGUGUCAGGAAAAUAACCUCACACUCAAUGUCAACAAAACAAAGGAGAUGAUUGUGGAGGAGGAAACAGCAGAGGGAGCACCCCCCUAUCCACAUCGACGGGACAGUAGUGGAGAAGUUAAGUUCCUCGGCGUACACAUCACAGACAAACUGAAAUGGUCCACAGCGUGGUGAAGAAGGCGCAGCAGCGCCUCAUCAACUUCAGGAGGCUGAAGACAUUUGGCUUGUCACCAAAAACACUCACAAAUUUUUAUGGAUGCACAAUCGAGAGCAUCCCGUCGGGCUGUAUCACCGCCUGGUAUGGCAACUGCUCCGCCCACAACCGUAAGGCUCUCCAGAGGGUAGUGAGGUCUGCACAACGCAUCACUGGGGGCAAACUACCUGCCCUCCAGGACACCUAUACCACCCGAUGUCACAGGAAGGCCAAAAAGAUCAUCAGAGACAACAACCACCCGAGCAAUAUUUCACCGUUUGAUCAUUUCACUUUUAUAUUGUCUUAUAUAUAAGACAAUAUAAAUAGCCUGUUCACCCCGCUAUCAUCCAGAAGGCGAGGUCAGUACAGGUGCAUCAAAGCAGGGACCGAGAGACUGAAAAACAGCUUCUAUCUCAAGGCCAUCAGACUGUUAAACAGCCAUCACUAACAUUGAGUGGCUGCUGCCAACAUACUGACUCAUCUCUAGCCACUUUAAUAAUGAAAAAAUGUAUGUAAUAAAUGUAUCAUUAGCCACUUUAAACAAUGCCACUUUAUAUAAUGUUUACAUACCCUACAUUACUCAUCUCAUAUGUAUAUACUGUACUCUAUACCAUCUACUGCAUCUUGCCUAUGCUGUUUGGCCGUUGCUCAUUCAUAUAUUUUUAUGUACAUAUUCUUAUUCAUUCCUUUACGUGUGUGUGUGUAUAUAAGGUAGUUGUUGUGAAAUUGUUAGAUUACUUGUUAGAUAUUACUGCAUGGUCGGAACUAGAAGCACAAGCAUUUCGCUACACUCGCAUUAACAUCUGCUAACCAUGUGUAUGUGAAGAAUAACAUUUGAUUGAGUUAACAUGCAAACCCUCUUUACUCAAGCUCAAAGUAUCACUCUACUACAGUCCAGUGUAACAGCCAAGGCCUGAAAGCCUGUCCCAUGCUGGCACGUCACACAGAUGACAGUUAAUCCUGCAUGGUGUUGAAGAAUCGACCCAGAUUAUCCUGCAUUAGACGCUUAUAUCACUGGCUUGCUGCUUGAUGCUCUAUUUCAGGAUUCUGUUCCAGUGAGGGAUGCCUCCAGUUGGUCUCUCUCAGAUCAUCUCCCUACUAUCUUGACGCUGUGUUGGCAUGGAAGACUGGUGGACUACAGCAACUAUAGAGCCAUCAAUAGAAAACCAUGAGCUCUCCGGCAUAGCAAGAAUGACGAUGUCCCCCUCGUGGCAUCAUAACAACCUUCCUACAAUGCACUCCUCCACCAUGCCACUGUCCAAGAGUUCCUACAAUGUGUUAAGUGCCUUCUGCACUGAGGACAAUGUUCCCCGGUGUAUCUCUUACAUCAAUCAGGAGAUGGACUCUCUGGGGUUCUCCUCUGCAUGUAUUGAGGCCAGCUCACCAGAGGUAAGCGGGGGACUGAACACUGUGCCAGCCCUGAACGGCAUGUAUGAGCUGCUCCAGAUGCAGCGCCGCAGCCAACGCAGCCGGCAGGAGCAGGAAGCGGAGAGUCUUAAGAGCUCCAGCGCCCUGGAACACCUGCAGAUAACCAACUCCAGACUCAAGGAUCAGCUGGAGCUCUCUAAAAGAGAGACGUCGGGACUGCACGAGGCAGAGAGGCAGCUGCAACUCAAAAUCAAGACUCUGCAGAACUGCCUUAAAACUGAAAAAGAUGAGGAGCAGAAGCUCCAGAGCAUCAUCGCCAGCCGAGCCUCUCAGUACAGCCAUGAUGCCAAGAGGAAGGAGAGGGAGAGCACCAAACUCAAAGAACGCCUCAACCAGCUACUGAUGGAAAAGAGGGAUAAGAAACUCGCGAUUGACGUAUUGAACUACUUGGGACGGGCUGAUGGGAAGAGAAGCCAAUGGAAGACUGGAAAGGUUGAGGCCAGACAUGAGGGGGAGAUGUACAAGUCCCUGCUGAGUGACUAUGAGGUUCGUCAUAGAGCCCUGAUGCUGGAGAACGUUGAGCUGAAGAAGGUGCUGCAGCAGAUGAAGCGGGAGAUGGUGUCUAUUCUGAGUCCUAGUCCUAGGAAACCAUGCUCCAGCUUCAGAGACCAUGUGGAAGACAGCCUAGAACUGAGUACCAGAAGUCCCCUACGUGACAGUACAGCCAGCUCAGACAGGGAUAAGGAGGUUGGCGACUGCAGUAGAGAGACCCUGGACCAGUCAUGUGACCACGCCAGGGAACAAUCCUGUGAGCACGCCCGGGAGCAGCUGACCAAUAGCAUCCGGCAGCAAUGGAGGAGACUGAAGAGCCACAUGGAGAGACUGGACAGCCAGGCCUCCCUGGUGCAGCAGAGCCAGCAGCGUGCUGGUAAAGAGCUGGUCCCUAGACAGAUCCAUGAGGAGGAGAUGGGGAGGAUGAGACUGGAGGUCCAGCAGUGUAAAGAUUUCAUCCAGACCCAGCAGCAGCUCCUACAGCAGCAGUUAAACUGCCCCUGCUAUGAUGAUGAGACUGCUGCUCUUCUGAAUGACUGCUACACUCUGGAGGAUAAGGAGCGUCUCAAAGAGGAGUGGAGGCUCUUUGACGAGCAAAGGCGGAACUUUGAGAGGGAGCGAGAGAACUUCACUGAAGCUGCCAUUCGCCUCGGACAUGAGAAAAAGGCUUUCGAGGAAGACCGUGCCUCGUGGCUCAAGAAUCAGUUCUUGAACAUUACUCCAUUUGUGGACCGAAAAAUACAUUCUGCAUCAGAAACUCAACAUGCCUUAUCAACUAGUAGUGAGCCCGAUAUGAGGAUCCCCUCCACUCCAGCCAGGCUGACCAAAUCCCGGACGUACGCUGCGUUCUCCACUCCUAAAGCUGUCGCUGGCAUGCCCUCCACAGCUGAGCUCUACCACACACUACGCCUCAUACCAGACAGCAGCAGGUUCUCAAUCCCAGCUCGCUAUUGUCAUACUCUUCCAGAGGCAGUUCAAAGCGAGGGAGCUGGCAGGAGUCCAACACCAUCCAUAGUAGAGAAGAUUCUCGGGUCAGGUCCAGGGACCGAUACGGAGGUGGAGACUGCUGCAGUAUCUUCUCGCUAGGGUUAGAGGAAAACAGCCUCACCUGAAUACACACUCCAGUGACACUUAUAUUACUGUGGACUCAACAGACCACCCAGAUGGCAGUCCAUGGCCGUGUUCAUUAGGCACCAAACAGAAGAAAAUGUAAUGUAACGGAAGGGCUACCUGGAUUUGUUCAAUAUGUCACACUCAUUUUUGUUUUCUGUUGUGUGCCCUAAUGAACAUGACCCAUGUUUCAACACCACCACUGUCUCAGGAUGAACAGUGGUACAUCGUUGUUCACCGAAACUCGAUUGAAUCAGAGAGAACUUUAAUGAACAUGUAGAUUUCUUUUGUUUUUCUUUAUUUUAGAUUUAGAUUUUUACUGAGUAAAGCAUCUCCAAGUCUAAGUGUUCGUGAAGGGGCAGCCAAAUCUUAAUUUGGGUAAAUCAGGGUUCUGCUUACACCAAUUCGGUGCCUUUUUAGAUAAGUAACUUGGUCAACAAAUUUGUCACAAUUUUAACAUUCUAUCAUAAAUGGCACAUGUUCAACUUUUUUUUUUUUUUAACACGUUUUCCCAUCAAGAGGUGUUAAAUCUACAAAUGAUUAUAGUAAGUGCUUAUUAAGUGCCAAAUAUAGUAACAGGGUUGACGAUGUCAUCCUAUAUCAGCCAUAAAUGUCCUUGUGACAGGGGGAAUGGAAGUUCGUGGUGUGCAACAGGGAGUGGCAAUUGAAUGCAAGCUUCACCUUUUUUUGUAUUGUUAAAACAUUUUCUAGCCUGUGUCUAUGCAUAACAGGGUUGACUUGUUAUGCUCGACCUGCUCAGUUUCACUACAAAACACCAGAAAAUGGCCAAAAAGAAUAGAACCAGCUCACCUGCUUUUACAGUAUGAUUUUACUAUUAGAUGUUCAAUGUUUCUUUAGAAUAAAAAAUGAUUAGUUAAACUAUUAAAACAAGAGGUCAGUUCAUGUAACAGGGUUGACCUUAAAAUGAGGGAUAGACAAAUGAAUCACUAAUCCGUUAAAUAAAUAAUCUUCAGAAAUGGCUGUCAAAGCAACAAUAACUAGGGCCUUACAAUGAUGGUGAAAACUUGGAGAAAUGUUGGUUAAAAUCUUCCUAGAAGUCACUGAGGGUGCAUGGAGGGACAUGUCAAAAUGCUGAAUUUUGGCACUUUAGCAAGUCUUUACUCAUUAAAAAUAGGAAUUAUUUUAUUCUCCAUGAAAGGGAACUUCAUUUAAUAUAACAGACUUCUAAAAUACAAUACUGGUGCACAAUUUACUCAAACAGAAAAUCCACUCAAUCUAUCUUUCUUUCUGUAUUUUGUGAUUAGUCACCUGUUUUAUAUGGUUCCAAAAAAUCAAGUUUUCAAGAUAUUGGACAUUCAAGAGAUGCGAAAGGCACACUUUUUGUGGAACGAACCACAUAUUUUCCAAUUUGCGAGAAGCUAUCAAUAGGCUACUGCCUAGUCCUGAAUGUUUACACAUGGUUUUCACUCCAGAUCAUUAAUAUUAUUUUAAUGAACUUUAUUCUAAAUGUUUAAUGUUAAGUGAUAUGCUGCUCUGAAAUUGCAAUAAAUGUAUUUAUUUUUAACUGA